UAUUCCAAACCUCAAAGAACAUAGAGAAAUUAAGAGAAUUAUGGCAUCAUCAUCAUCAUCAUCCUCUUCACAACACUUUAUACUGAUCCAUGGAGCUUGUCAUGGAGCCUGGUGCUGGUACAAGGUCAAGCCUUUGUUGGAGGGUGCAGGACACAAGGUGACGGCCAUUGACAUGGCUGCGUCGGGCAUUGACAAUCGAAGAAUUGAGGAGCUGAAAACACUCGAGGAUUAUAGCGAGCCGUUGAUAAACUUAAUGAGGUCGAUUCCAUCCGACCAAAAAGUAGUGUUGGUCGGUCAUAGCUUGGGAGGCUUUAACAUAGCUUUGGCUGCUCAAAAGUUCCCCGAGAAGGUGUCUGUUCUUGUCUUCCUUGCUGCUUUCAUGCCCGACUUUAUUCAUAGGCCAUCUUAUGUCCUAGAAAAGUACAACGAGAGAACUCCGACAGAAUCAUGGGAGGACACCAAGUUUGAAUCCUACAGUAGUCCUAGUGAGAAUCAAUUGUCAAUGGUCUUCGGCCCCAAGUAUGAAUCCUACAGUAAUCCUAGUCCUAGUGAGGAUUACAUGUCGAUGUUCUUUGGCCCCAAUUUCAUGUCCCACAAGCUUUAUCAAUUGUGCUCUCCUCAGGAUCUUGCACUAGGGACAGCCUUAUUAAGGCCGAGUUCAUUAUUCUUGACGGAUUUGAAACAAGCAAACAAUUUUUCGGAAGAAAGGUUUGGAUUUGUGCCGCGUGUCUAUAUCGCUUGUAAGGAGGAUAAAGCGAUACCAAUUGAAUACCAACGGUGGAUGAUCGAGAAUUUUGGAGGUGUCAAUGAGGUGAAGGAGAUGGAAGGUGUUGAUCACAUGGCUAUGUUGUCAAGCCCCGAUGAUCUAUGCAAAUGUUUAUUUGACAUAGCCGAUAAGUAUGCUUAAAUGAAUCUGCUUAUUUUGAAAUGAAUGAAAAUAUUUUAAUUGUGUAAUUUAUUUGGGAUUUUGUUGGUGAUGAAUGUUAAUUGUGCCUAUCUAUCAAGGUUUGUUGUUGUUUUUUUAGUAAUUUAAUACAAAAGUUAUUA